AUGGCGGAGUGGAGGCGGUAUGCCGCCAUUCAGAAGGCUAAGAGAAAAGGCAAGAAAACAGGAGAGGAAAGCACUGUGGCGGAAGAAAUAGUAGUGCAGAGAAUGAGUGCAGAUGUAUCAGGCAAACAGCAGAAAUACACUAGGAUAGGGCCCCAGAAAUACGUGCCUUUUGAGCACGAAGAGAUAACGAUUGCGAACAUCAAAGACACCUGCAAGAAGCACUUCAGGCCUCAGAUCGAAAAUAAUCUUAUCUGUGACGUACUGGCUCGAGAGCGCGGGCCAUCUUGCGAAGAGAUGGCCCAUAUUCCAAACCGAAAAGUGUUCUAUAUACGGUUUAUAAAACGCGAAGGAGUGGAGGUCGUUUCCGAUCAGGAUGGAUCCUUGGAAUGCAAGGUAAUAGCACAAUAAACCCGUAAUAAUCAAAAUGAAUCACGAGUUUUAUUUGCACUUUGGAUUUGGAUUAUGAACUCAAGACCUUUCUUCUAGGAAUUCUGAUAAGGACAUUUUAGGUAGUUGAGGUUUUAGUCACAGUAAAAUAAUCUUCGCGGAAGCGUUUUGUUUACUCACCGGUUUACUCGUGGUGUAUAGAAAUAUCCGUGGGGAGUGACUUUUUGCAAAGCCACUGUUUGUAUUAAAGUUUAGAAAACGUUUUAAUUGCAAAAUUAAACCAAAUCUGCAUCCAGCUGUUGCUUCCAGCACAUUAGAUUAUUGGUACUAUUUGAUACUAUGAAGUCCCAGGAGGAUAGAAUUAGAAAACUUUUGUUCCCUGAUUCAUAACAAUCUAUAGUUUUCUACAUUCCACUACAAGGUUACAAACCAGCAUGCAUUCUUAAACUCAUUAAUAAUUUGUAAGGUCACAGGGGCGGAUCCAGGAUUUUCCUUAGGAGGGGAUACACCAAUAAGAAAUGGUGUAACUGACUGGUGAUGUAAAGAAAUUUUAAAAGCGAAUAUGAAGAGGCUUCAUCUCAGGGGGUUGGGGGAGGGGGUGUUCACCCCCUGCACCCUCCCCCUAGAUCUGCCCCUGGGUCAGCAGUCAAUAAGAUUUAUUUAGGUGAGGUGGACGGAUCUUGAUACCCAAUACCAAUAGUUAAUACUAAUUAUUUUUCAAAAGUGAGCACUUGGCCCUCAGUCUUGUGCUUUCAUCAGUUUCUCUGUGUUUGUCUGGAACCCCUGAUUAAAUACUCACCCCCCAUUGUCGAUAAUUAUAGAACUUAAAAGUCUGGCAAAAUGUUAUAUCAAUUUUUGUUUUAUCAGUGUUCAAGAUAGCAGUUUAACAUGGUUGCAAGUUCUUCCUUUUGUUCAAUAUUUUUUGUCUUGGUCCACAGGAAAAGAAAGCAAGAUACGAAGUUCCACAGAAAAGGCCUGCGUCCCAUCCAAGCCCAGUGAAGCCUUCACCUGCAACGAGUAAAUUUUACCCAAAGAGCCUUUCUAUCAAGGACAUACUUAGGCUUGGAAGGGUAGUUGAUUACAAAGCCAAGAAAAUCCUGAUCUACAAAUUUGACUUUGCUCACAUGGAAUGGUCAUCAGUGCCACUCCAAGCUGAAUUUGUCAUAGAAGAGAAAGAGUUUGCAGCUGGAGGUUUCCGAAAGGCAUUUAAAGCCACAAGCAUUACAGAAGGCUUUAAUAAAGGAACAUGGGUUGUUAAGAGUUAUCUGGAGAGUGCUGUUCAACUGAUUAAAGGUACAGGACAGACCACAGAAGAACAUACUAGAAAGUCAGUACAGAUGCAAUAUCUAGCAAGAAACUUUGCAUCGCAGCUGAAGGAAACAAUUGCAAAGGACAAGCUUGACGAAUAUGGAGUUUCGUUUGAAUACAAGUCUGUGUACAUGGGGAAAACAGAGGACGGGGAGCUGUUAACAGUUGAGGAGUUCAUCCCUGGAGACUUUGCAAAGUUUAUAAACAACAAUGGAAUUGUCUGUGAAGAAGAUACCAUGCUAUGUAAGAAGGCACAGGCGUUUUCUCAUUUUACGUAUGAGAAAUCAGAAGGCAAAGUUAUGGUUUUAGACUUCCAAGGGUCAGGAUAUACCUUGUACGAUCCUGAAAUAGCCUCAGCUGAGAUACAAAAUGAGGAUGGGGGUUAUCAGUUCUGUACUGGCAACUUGGCUGGAAGAGCAAUUGAGUCAUUUUUUGAGGUUCAUCAGUGCAACUCCUACUGCAAGCUUCUAAAGCUGAAACUUAAACCAAGUUAG